AUGAAGGAAGGCAAGAGCGCUUAUCGAAAGCUCGUCAUCGUUGGUGAUGGCGGUUGUGGGAAGACCUGCCUGUUGACUGUCUUCUGUAGGGGUGUAUUUCCCGAGGCAUAUAUCCCGACUGUGUUUGAGAGCCAUGUUCAACAAUUUCAAGUUGAUGACACCUCUGUCGAGCUGGCUCUAUGGGAUACAGCAGGCCAAGAAGAUUAUGACCGCUUCCGUAUCCAUUCAUACCCUAAUGCCGACAUUAUUUUGGUCUGCUUUGCUCUAAACAACGCUUUUUCUCUUUCUAAUGUAGUGGACAAGAUUGAGAAGAUUCGAAAAAUGCUCAAAGCUGUCGCUUACCUCGAGUGCUCAGCCCUGAGUGGCGAGGGGGUACAAAAAGUGUUUGAAGUGGCUGCUACUUGUGCUAUCCAACACCAAGACAGACCUGCUAGAAAAAAGGACAAGUGCAUUAUUCUAUGA